AUGACCAUUGAUAUCCGACCUCUUACAACUCAAGACUUUGCGUCUGCUACAGAGACAGUUGAUAAAGCUUUUGCCGCAGAUCCUUUUUUUUCAUGGCUUCAUAAAGGUGAUGAUAAUGUUACCAGAGCCCACCUGGACCUUGAACUCGUUUUCAAAAGAACCAUUCGACACGGGAUCCCGCUGGUUGCAGUAGAUAAUGGACGAUGUGUAGGAGUAGCCCUUUGGGAUAGACCAGGUGAGGAGACUUGGAGUGAAUGGUUUGGAUCUUGGUGGGAGUGGGCUACAGAGCUUGUAUACGAUAGUGUAUACGGAAAACUACCAGCGGUGAGUAUAAAAUAUUGGGUUUUUGAAUGCAUGGUGAAGUCUAACAAACAUUUUAGCGUGUUUUCAUUUUCAUAG